AAAACAGCACCGGUUUAGUGCCUGAAAGAAAUGUUUUCAUGCCGCAGGAUGACAUUUCAGGAAAUUUGACAGAUAUUUACAUUAUAAUACACAGAUUUUAAACAUGAUGAAUUGCUGACUCGAGCGGGAACGCGACCAAACGGAAAAUCACCGGUUACAUAUUUGACGUGUGGCGACCUGACAUAUGAGGCUCUUCAAUGAGGUUCAGAACAAACACUGUAUUUCCAGGCAGCUUCGUCUCCACGUGUCUCUACCGACACCAGGGGUUCAACCCGGUCCAGUGGAGCCUACACAGAUCAUACUGCACCCAGCAGCAAAGCCCUAAAGAUGAGCCAAAUAAAACUACAUCUGCUAAAGAGCGCACGGCGUCUGCAUUAGCAUAUGCUGGAGAGCUGGGGAAACAGUGGGGACGCAAUGCGGUGAAAACCACAUCAGUGACCGUCAACUACUGGUGGGAGCGCUAUGAAGAGUUUGUCGGGCUUAAUGAAGUCCGAGAUGCUCAGUCCAAAGUCACAGAGGCUGAGAAGGCUUUUAUGGUUGCCAGAGGAAUUGUAAGGGAAGCUCACACCAGCCUGGAGGCUCUACAAGUUCGUCUGAAAGAAGUGAGAGACCGAUUGGACCGAGUGUCGCGUGAAGAGGCACAUUAUUUAGAGUUAGCAACACUUGAACACAAGCUACUGCAGGAAGAACGGCGCCUCAGAACAUCCCACGAGAAUGCAGAAGAAGCCGAGCGAGAGAAGUUCGCGCUCUUCUCCGCUGCGGUGCGUGAAAGCCACGACAAAGAAAGAACCAGGGCAGAACGCACCAAAAACUGGUCCAUCAUUGGCUCAGUGUUGGGUGCCAUCAUUGGCGUAAUGGGCUCCACAUACAUAAACCGGGUACGUUUGCAGGAACUCAAAAGCUUGUUGCUGGAGGCUCAGAAGGGGCCGGUGAGUCUUCAGGAAGCAAUCAAGGUGCAGGCCAGCUUACACAAAACGCAACAGGACGAACUCAGCAACCUCAUCCACUCACUCAGGACGACUUUGAAAGGCAGCGGAGAAGAUGCAAAAAUUGGCAAGCCGGCCAUCGUGCAACCAGCGGCCGCCGUUGUCCAAUCUUCCACAUCUGGUGCCUCGGAAGAAGCGAUUCAAGAGAUUCUCCAAAACAGCCAAAAAGCUCAAGGGCUCAUCGAAAGCCUUAAACCACAACUAGAGCAAGUGUGGGAGAGUUUAUCGAAGGUCGGGACAGAGCUGCAGACGGUGAAAACCACUCUACAGUCUCGUCCUUUAGAGAAGCCAGUCAUUCAAACCCGAGGCACGCAGCUUUUUGUUUGCGAUACUGAGACAGUCGUUCAAGGUCUCGGUCAAACGGAGAAGAGAUUAGAGGCGCAGAUCAACAAAACAAGUCUGUACAAUACCGUGCUGACGUGCGCCGCGUUCGCCGUGACCGUGCCAGUUCUGUACGUAUUGUUGAGAGGUACUUGAAAAGUAUGCCGGCAAUGUGCACUUUAGGGGCCAAUUAAUACACUAGAGGAUAAUGCAACUAUUAUUGUGAAGAUGAAAUUUAAUUAAACAUUCUGAGUACUGCU